UGUUAGUCGCGCUGUACUCGUGGGCGGCUGCAGCAGAAGGCGAGGCAGGAGGAGCACGUGGGAGGAUAAUAAACAACAACCAAUCAUGAUAAUACAGUGUAGCGCCAUGGUAAAGCAGAGUGUGUGAAUAAGCAGAAGAGGAGGAGGAGGACCUACGAAGCAAUAAAAGUAAAAAGAAGGAGAAGGCGAGGCACUAGCAGCAAAGGGCAAGAUGGGGAAAUUAAAAGUGACUAUACUGCGUUACCUGGUGAGGGAGGACUUCAGGGUGUUGACGGCAGCAUCUUCCCGGUGCGGCCUGAUGGUCAGCCCAAGGCUUCUUCCAGGUGGGGCCUGAUGGUCGGCCCAGCCCAUUCUGGCGCAGAUAGAGAUGGGGAUGAAGAACCACGAGCUAGUCCCGGGUCCCCUUGUGGCCCAGAUUGCCAAUGUGCGGGCUGGUGGGGUUCACAAGGUAUUGCAGGAGCUCAGCAAACACCGCCUUUGCUCCUAUGAACGUGGCAAGCAUUAUGAUGGAUAUCGGUUAACCAACAUGGGUUAUGACUACCUGGCCCUUAAGGUUCUCUCAUCACGGGAUACCAUUGGUGCAGUCGGGAGUCAAAUUGGUGUCGGAAAGGAGUCGGACAUCUAUGUUGUAACGGACACUCUUGGGAAUCCACUCUGCAUGAAACUACACAGGCUGGGCCGAACCUCAUUCCGUAAGCUGAAGGAGAAACGAGACUAUCACCAGCAUAGACACAGGAUGUCGUGGCUGUACCUGUCAAGGCUGUCAGCCACUAAGGAGUUUGCCUUCAUGAAGGCACUACACGGCAGAGGCUUCCCUGUACCGCGGCCUGUGGACGCUUGCCGUCACUGUGUCAUCAUGGAGCUGGUUAAUGGUUAUCCUUUGUCCAACAUUCAUGAUGUCAAGGAUGUGCCAGAGCUGUAUAGUGAUCUUAUGGACCUCAUUGUGAGGUUUGCCAACCACGGGGUGAUUCAUGGAGACUUCAAUGAAUUUAAUCUGAUGUUAGAUGACAAUGACAAACCAGUUGUCAUAGAUUUUCCACAGAUGGUAUCCACAUCACAUGAAAAUGCCAAAAUGUAUUUUGACCGUGACGUUCGAUGUGUGCGGGAAUUCUUCAGGCGAAGGUUUGGUUACGAGAGUGAGCUGUGUCCAGAAUUUGAGCGUGAUGUAAAGAAGGAGUACAGCCUUGAUAAAGAAAUUGCUGCUAGUGGGUACUCAAGGGAGGUCCAAGAGUUUGAUGAAGAACUAGAGGUUGGGAAACCUAUAGAAGAGGAAGAAGAUGAGGAUGGUGAGGUAGAUGGUGAUGAAAAUGAUGAAGACUCCUCAGAAGAUGAACCAUCACAUGACGAUGUUAAGGAAAUGAAGCAGCAAACUGAGGAGUUGUGUAAAGACUUGAAGGAGGAGACAACACUGAGUGAACUACAAGACACGGUAGAAGGGAAGUCUCUAGACCCAGUACCAGAAGAUUCCUCAUCAGAUUGUAGUACAAAAGAUAUUGGGGAAAAAGAUAAAGAAGUUAAGGGUGAUCCAGAUGAAAAAGAUGAAGUGGAGAAGGAAAGUAAUAAUAGGAAAAAGGGCAAACAUCUUCAGCAAGAGGCACGAAUGGCCCUAAUAAAGCAGUUGGCCAAGGCAAGAGAGGCAAGGCAGCGAGCAGAGGAAAAGGGGGAGGAGCCCCCACUGCUUGAGGACUUCAUUGAUGACUCCCUCAGUGACAUCUGCAGUGUGAGGAGCUUUUCCACAACAGCAAGCUCCAUAAACCCCAAGGAUGUAAAGCACCGCACUCACAGAGAUUUGGAGAGAAGGCAGAGCAAGCAGGUUUCUAAGAAAAACCUGAGAGUGAAAGGAGAGGCAAAUGCAUACAGGAGAACGAAAAAACAAAAUGAGGCUACUCUACGUGACUGUGCUGGGUGGGAUGAUUUUUGAAACCUUAUUCUCUUUAGAUCAAUAAAGCAACUAUCAAUAUGGUGGAUAA